CGGCCUUCCUGAGCCUCCCUCUUUCCUCUCCCAGGUCUUCUUCAGUUUUGAAGCCGGUGGCUUCGCGGCCGCCCUGCCGGACUUCUGAGAAUGGUGGGUGUGAAGCCGGUCGGGAGUGACCCGGAUUUCCAGCCGGAGCUGAGCGGCGUGGGCUCCAGACUCGCCGUGGUCAAGUUCACCAUGCAAGGGUGUGGACCGUGUUUAAGGAUUGCCCCAGCAUUCAGUUCUAUGAGUAAUAAGUAUCCACAAGCAGUAUUCUUGGAAGUAGAUGUACAUCAGUGUCAGGGAACAGCUGCCACCAACAAUAUAUCAGCAACACCUAUAUUUCUGUUUUUUCGAAACCAAGUGAGAAUUGAUCAAUAUCAAGCAGAUGCUGUGGGACUAGAGGGAAAGAUCAAGCAGCACUCGGAAGACGACCCUUGAAGCAACGAGGACACAGAUAUUCCAAAAGGCUAUAUGGAUUUACUGCCUUUUAUUAACAAAGCUGGCUGUGACUGUCUUCAUGAAAGUGACGAGCAUGGAUUUGACAACUGUUUACGAAAAGACAUGACCUUCUUGGAAUCUGACUGUGAUGAACAGCUAUUUAUUACAGUGGCAUUCAAUCAGCCUGUUAAGCUUUAUUCAAUGAAAUUUCAAGGGCCGGAUAAUAGUCAGGGUCCUAAGUAUGUAAAAAUGUUUAUCAAUCUACCCUGGUCUAUGGAUUUUGAAGAGGCAGAAAGAAGUGAGCCAACUAAAGCUCUGGAACUAACAGAGGAUGAUAUUAAAGAAGAUGGUAUUGUCCCACUUCGUUACGUAAAGUUUCAGAAUGUUAACAGUGUAACUAUAUUUGUUCAGUCCAAUCAAGGUGAAGAAGAAACAACAAGAAUUUCAUAUUUUACUUUUAUUGGGACUCCAGUCCAGGCAACAAAUAUGAAUGACUUCAAACGAGUAGUUGGCAAGAAAGGAGAAAGCCACUAAGGUACAAAAGACACUGGAAGACCAUAUUGCAAUC